GGCGGGUGGUUUGAAUCCGGGCAGCUGCAACGCCCUUCUGCAUGGAGCUGGAGAUGGGGGAGGAAGAGAAGAACCCUUUCGUGUUGCAAAAGGAAAAGGGAAGGCGAGACGUGACCUCUCCCGACCUAGACAGCCUGUGCUCUCACAUCAAUGACAAGGUUUCAAAUAUCAAGGCAUUACUGCAGUUAAGAAAGAUAGGCCAAGAGGCGUCUCUGAAGGCGGUGCUCAGUAAGAUACUUCAUGAGAUGUUUCUCUUCAACGACCUGCUCAACCAGAUGGAGCUGGAAUGUCACCAUCAGGAGAGGAAGCAAAGUCAGCUCAAGGUGAAUCACGACCCUAGGAGGGUUUACUCAGAAGCAAGCCCCAUUGCCAGCAACCGAGCUUACUCCCAGGAGCUCCAGGAAUUGAUUGAAAGGGACUAUAAGGAAGCUGAGCAUCUUGAAGCAAACAUGCCUUUCCACCUGCCCAACGCAGGCCUGGCCAGCGCCGCUGCGGGACUGCCUGCCGAGAAGGAGGCGCAGGGCAAAGCGGCUGAGCCUGGGCGCCCAAAGAAGCCCGGGAAGGAGGUCAAGCCUGUGAAAGAAAUCCCCUUCUUAACGGUCGAGGAGUUUGACAGUGUUCCUGCGUACAUGCGGGGUCGUCUCACGUACAGUCAAGUGAACGCCGUGAUUCAGGAAAUCAACAAGGCCGUGGCCAGCAAGUACAAGAUCGUGCGCCAGUCUACAAAGUCUAUGUCCAGUGUUGUCAGAAACCUGUACAUCAGAUUCCAGGAACAAGAAACGAAGGAUACAAAAGGCGAAUUCUUUAUCGUGGAGGCCGACAUCGAAGAGUUCACGCAGCUGAAGGCAGACAAGCGUUUCCACAGCAUCCUGACCAUCUUGCGCCACUGCCAGAGAGUGCGGGAGAUCCGGGGCUCGCGGCUCGUUCGCUACGCCGUCUGUUGAUAUGCAGUGUCUUCGGAUGCAGAGUAGGGAGUGUUCAAGACCCACAGGAAAAACAGAAUUCUACAUGAUUCCUUCAUUGCUUUUGAAUUUCCUUGGAGAGUGCCUUGAAAUCCUUUCGUAAUAAAUGUGCUAAUCUUCGAACGGGCUUAUCUCCAAACAUAUGACAUGUGACAAGCAAAACGGUCUUCUUUUUUCUCCCCCAGUUUGGGUUCGCAUCCGAUGUCCUUAAAUAACUCCUCCACCACCACCAUUUGGUGCCAUUUGGCGCGACUAACAACGCAGCAGCUUAACAAAGUUCCCUGAGCUUUUGAAGGUGGAAUUUUGGAAUUACUCGAAUGCCAAUAAAGAGUCUUAAUUGCAGCACAAA